AUGGGGCGUGCAGGUGAAAUAGGCGCUCGACUUCCCCGGGGCGACCAACGGAGCCAUCGAACUGACAGUGCAGACGGCACUCAAGGCGGCCGCGAAGGCGGGCUACAAGACGUGCACAUUCGGAGCCGGUGCAACGGCCAAGCUCAGCAGCGAACACAAGUCGGUGGCGCAAAGGCUGCCACGCUCGACUCGCUGUAUCAGACCCUCGCGGCCAAGUACAAUCUGGACAAGAAGACCGGCUUCCGCACCAAAUUCAACACCUUCGAGGAUCCGCUCUACCUGUGCUACCCGCCCAGAGGCUUGGGGCUGAAGGGUGCCCCAGUCAUCAUCGACUUUUUCCAAGGGGAGGAAUGGAGCCGGCCAAGAAGAGAAGUGCAGGACCUCGCUGAUGGGACUCAUAUGCUUAUCGGUGAAGCCCAUCGAGGAAGGAAAGUUUUACACGCUACUUACCUACAUACCCAUACACGGCAAACGAGUUACAAUCUCCACCUCUACCGACGGCAGCAAUAA